CAUCGAAUCUAAAUAAGUAUAGUUAUAUUAAUGAGGCGAUUAUUAUUAUUCUACCCCAACCUGCCUCCUGCAGAGAUUACUUCUCUAGAUCCGCUACGCAAGGCUUGAACAACUUCAACUUUACGAGUACAAGAAAUAGUCUAGCAAUCGUGUGGUGUUGUUUGACCGUGACAAAAGUUAAUGCAAAAAUGGUGCAGAGAAUAUCUACACCACGACGUGUGCAGGAACACGACGACAAUACCUACAUCCUGAUGUGUUAUCGCGGCACUUCAAACCAAGAUCACAUAAAAUGCACAAUAGUUAAAGAUGUGGAUUCCAAGUACUGAGUGUAUCGUUCGGUACGCCUCUCUCUCUCUCUCUUUCUGUCUCUCGUGAUAAGCGCAUAAGAAUUAUUUAGUACAUGUUAUUAGUCACUCCCAUAAGUAUAUGUUUUAUAUAUUGUCCCCUCCUUUCGUUGUGCAUUGUGUAUGUUACAAAGUGUUAAUCAGCAACAGUAGUAGCAGGCAGAACCUAUGUAGCUGCUACUCCAGUGUAAACACACAGAAUAUCGACGUAAAUCAUCAUCGAAGGGUAGGGAUCGGAUGCUUUUAAUGCCCCUCGUCCAGAGCAUUGCCACGAUCGUCAUCCGCAGUAUCAUUGUUAAGCUUAUCGUUAUCGUCAUCAACGUCGUCGUCAUCAGCAGCGACGAUGACAGCGACAGUAUGGAGAAGGCUCAAGGAACAUCGGAUGGGCGUUGCCAUCGACAAUUUUACUCAAGAGGGCGAGUUCCGAUUGCAAUUGAACGUCGGCGAUGCCGUUGUUAUAAAAAGGGAAUGCGACGAUUGGUAUUACGGCUACAAAAAAUACGAAAACAAAUAUGGAAUAUUUCCCAAGACCUACGUUUGCCUUCGACAAAGGUUUACCAGCAUGGAGGCCCUUGUCAACGAAAUCACAAGUGUUCUCAGGGAAUGGGGCAAUCUCUGGAAACAGCUCUAUAUUACACACUCGGAACACUUUAGUACUAUGCAAAAUCAAAUUUCAGAACUCAUAGGAUACAGGAGCAAAAUUUUAAGCGGUACCUUAACAGUCGAUGAGUUGAAAGAUAUAAAAAAAUUGGCUACGUCUAAAAUUGAUACUGGUAAUCAGUUGUUGGGGCUUGAUAUGGUUGUGAGAGACGAGGAUGGGAACAUAUUGAAUCCAGAACAAACUAGUACUAUACAACUAUAUAAACAGCACGAGAUAGCUGCAGAAAGAAUUAGAAAGGCCGCGGUCGACAUAAAAAAGAAACCCAUCAAGCCUCAAGCUCCAGUUUAUUCGUUCAUUUUUUAUGUUAAUAUUAAAAAUUUUGUUUGUAAAAUGGUGGAAAAUGUUGAAUUAUUGUUAACAUUGUACGAUUGCAAAGAAAUGAAAGCCAUAACUGAAAAUUAUGUGUUUACCUGGAGCAAACAAGGUCUAAUAACGGACAUUGAUCAGUUGCAUAAUCUCAAAGUUUUAUUUACCGAUCUCGGAAGCCGCGACUUGGCCAGGGAAAAAGUUUACCUAGUUUGUUAUGUCAUUAGAAUCGGGGGUAUGGAAGCCAAGGAGAUGGACCAUAAGCGCUGUAGUAUUAUGCCAAAUCAAAAAUCAAAGCAUCAAGAUUGCAUGAGAAGACCUUUUGGCAUUGCUGCCAUGGAUGUCACUAUUUUUAUCAAUGGAAAACUUGAGAGUGAUCCAGAAGUUGAACACUGUUUACCUUUUUUACAUUGUGAGAAGGAAAGCUUUGACGCUACCUUACGACGAUUUCUACAACAGAAAGAAGUUAAUUUACAAAAAAAUAGUAGUAUAGGAAAUAAUGUGGGCCAAGGGCUAUGGUGCAGUUUGAAGUUAUUGAGAGGGGAUAUCAAGCAGGUAAAGGAUGAGAAUCCUCAUUUAGUAUUCGGCAACGUGUCAAUUGCUCGAAAAAUGGGAUUUCCGGAAGUUAUCUUGCCAGGAGAUGUUCGCAACGAUUUGUAUUUAACCUUGGUGAAUGGUGAGCUCGGCAAGAGUUCCAAGUCAACCGACAAAAACAUCGAAGUGACUGUGAAAGUAUGCAACGAGGACGGUGCAGUGAUACCAGGUGUCAUAACACUAGGCGGCGGUACGUCGUCGAUCGAUGAAUAUCGCAGUGUAAUUUAUUACCAUGAAGAUAAGCCCAGGUGGUGCGAGACCUUCAAAAUCGCGGUUCCUAUAGAAGAGUUCAAACUAGCUCAUUUGAAGCUUACGUUUAAGCAUCGGAGCUCGAACGAAACGAAAGACAGAUCGGAGAAGCCGUUUGCCCUCAGCUACGUGAAGCUCAUGCAACGCAACGGUACGACGUUACAGGAUACUCAGCACGAAUUAUUAGUUUAUAAGAUUGACAAUAAAAAGUACGAGGAAAGCGAGACGGGUUACUUGAGAUUGCCGUCGACCAGAGAAGAAUUGAACGAGCUUAACUUGGAGAAGAAGCCAAGUUUUGGUCCUUUAAAUUUGUCUUCCAAGGAUAGUUUUUCCAUAGCUACUAAUGUGUGUUCAACCAAAUUGACGCAGAACGUGGAUUUGUUGGGGUUAUUGAAUUGGUCGUCUUCUAAUACAGACCUCAAAGAAUCGUUGGCUGCAUUAAUGAAAGUAGAUGGUGAAGAAGUCGUUAAAUUUUUACAAGACGUUUUAGAUGCUUUAUUUGGUAUCCUAAUGAGCAAUACAGAUAGUGAUGAUUACGAUGAUAUUGUCUUUGAGUGCCUUCUUUAUAUUAUAGGAUUAGUUUCUGAUCGAAAGUAUCAACACUUUCAGCCAGUUUUAGAUUUAUAUAUUUCCGACAGUUUUUCCGCGACGUUAGCGUACAAGAAACUUAUAACUGUAUUGAAAAAGCGAAUCGAAAGCAUAGGUGCUAGCGAUGGCCAAGAAAAGGACAUUUUGCUUAAAACAAUGAAAAAUCUGCAAUACUGUCUGCGAUUCAUAGUUGAAUCUAGGCUUUUGUUUACCGAGCUAAAUCAAAACGAGGAGGAAUUCUCGCUAACUCUUACCGAACUCUUGAGGUCGAUCGUCGACCUUAUGAAAUACGAGACCGAUGGAACGCUGUUGGUUCAAGGUGCCUGUCUGAAAUACCUGCCGUCCACAAUACCUCAUCUGUUGAAAGUCUACAGUGGCAAGCAACUCAGCAUGAUCUUGAUCGACUUGCUGGUAACUCUACCCACUGGUCGACUAACUAAGCAGAAAAUGAUGACCGUCAACGAUAUCGUGCACAGCGAGUUGUUUUUAAACAUGGAGUAUCGGCAGAUUCUGCUCCCCAGAAUCACGAUACUUGUGCGCGAUUUACUCGAAGCCAAAGAUGAGAGAUUGUCGGGCCCGCCUGGCAAAAGCGUGGCAAAGGCAGCCAGGCUGCUCGGUGAAAAUCGGCAUCGACUCAACCAGCAUCGCGGCUACUCCGAAGAGGUCGAACUAUGCAUAAAGAUACUGUCGGACGUCCUGGACCUGACAUUCAGGAAAGACGUCGGCUCGACUGCUUCCGACAUCAAGGAGAUCAUGUUGACAGCUCUCAGAACCAUUAUACAAACUGUGAUAAAUAUGGACAGGGAAAAUCCACUGGUGGGUAAUUUGGUGGCUGUUAUGCUGUCGAUUUUUAGACAAAUGACCCACCAGCACUACCAGAUCUACAUCCAGCACUUUGGCACGGAGUUCGACCUGCUGGACUUUCUCAUGGAAAUACUGAUGGUGUUCAAGGAUCUGGUAUCUCGGAGCGUAUUCGCGCACGACUGGUGCGAGAUGAUAAUGCUCCAAAACAGCGUGAUCCUGAAAGCCCUGCGUUUCUUCUCGACGACGAUACGCGAGCUCUUCAACGCAAACUUCGAGCAGCAGGCCUGGUCGAAUUUUUUCCACUGCGCCAUCGCCUUCCUCACCCAGCCGGCCCUCCAGCUCGAGGUGUUCUCGCAGGCGAAGCGCAAGCGCUUCCUCGAGCGCUACAAGGACAUGCGUCGCGAGACCGCUGCUGAAAUACACAAGAUGUGGAUCAGUCUAGGCGGUAGGAAGAUACUCUUCGUGCCCACGCUCGUUGGGGCGAUCCUGGAGAUGGCCCUGAUUCCCGACCCUGAGCUCAGAAAGGAGGCCGCCAUACCGAUCUUCUUCGACAUGAUGCAGACCGAGUUCUAUAGCUCGAAAUUCGUCGAGGGCUUUAGCGACAAGAGGAGCCAGGGAAAAUCGCUCAAGGCCAACUUCAACGAGUUCGAGAACGAGAUGAUCGCAAAACUCGACAUUUUGGUCGAAGGUGGUAAGGGCGAUGAGGACUUUCGUGACCUGUGGGUGAAAGAAAUGACUCCCCUCUGUGAGAAUCACAAAACCUUGCACGAGCAAGGCUUGCGCUUCGUCGACACGGUGGCCAAGUUAAUGGACCAUUUGUUGCAGUACCGCGACGUCAUUCACGCCGAGUCGCAGGAACAUCGGAUGCUGUGUACUGUUAAUCUUUUGGAAUUUUAUUCCGAGAUUCACAAAAAUGAAAUGUACAUAAGAUACGUCAACAAAUUGUGCGAACUUCAUCUGGAGUGUGAUAAUUACACCGAAGCCGCUUACACGCUGCAACUUCACAGCUGCUUGCUCUCGUGGAACGACCAGCCCUUAUCUUCCCUCCUCAAGUCGAACAGAUAUCCGUCGUGUCAAACGCACCGUGAGCUCAAAGAGUGCCUUUACAACGACAUAAUCGACUACUUCGACAAGGGUAAAAUGUGGGAGGCAGCUUUGUCCAUGUGCAAGGAGUUGUGCGUUCAAUACGAGGAGGAGACCUAUGACUACCUGCAGUUGUCGGUGUUGCUUAAUCGAAUGUCGAAAUUCUACGACUCGAUAGUCAAACAACUGAGACCCGAGCCCGAGUACUUCCGGGUCGCGUACUACGGGCGCGGAUACCCGCUCUUCUUGCGUAAUAAGGUUUUCGUGUACAGAGGAAAGGAGUACGAGCGAAUAAGUGAUUUCUGUUCGCGGAUGCUCAACCAGCUACCUAAUGCCGAGCCAAUGAACAAACUGUCGCCUCCAAGUGAUAAGCUAAUGGAGUCUAACGCACAAUACAUUCAAAUAAACAAAGUUGAUCCUGUGAUGGAUGAGAAGAAGCACAGGUUAAGCGGGAAGCCCGUUACCGCUGAGCCUGUUUUGAGAUAUCACCGCGUCAACAACGUACAAAAGUUUCGAUUCUCAAGACCAGCACCGAGAAACGGUGAGAAAGAUAAAGAGGCGGCCAACGAAUUUGCGUCUCUAUGGCUAGAGAGAACCUUACUAGCCACUAGUCAUUCACUGCCAGGUAUACUUAGAUGGUUCCUUGUUGUCAGUAGUGAAACUUACUUGGUAAGUCCACUGGAGAAUGCCAUUGAAACGAUGGAAGCUACUAAGGCUGCGUUAAGAGAUCUUAUUGUUUCACACAGAUCAGACAGCAGUCUUCCGUUAAAUCCAUUGACGAUGAAGCUUAAUGGAAUAUUGGAUGCAGCGGUGAUGGGAGGAAUUGAUAAUUAUGAAAAAGCAUUUUUAAAUGUCGAGUACAAAGAAAGUCAUCCCGAGGAAAUGAAAAAUUUAGAGAGGCUAGAAAAUUUAAUAGCAGAACAAAUUCCGUUGCUCGGGAUUGGUUUGCAAGUGCACAAAGCAAGAGCAUCACCAGAGCUUGGAGCUCUGCAUCAGCGUAUGGAACAGUGCUUUGUUUCUAUGCGCACCGAAGUUGAGGCAAAAUAUGGAAGAAGGUCCUGUGAUUUACCAGUUGAGAUUUCAAUUCCAUCAGUUACCAUAAGACGACACGUGCCAAAGGGAGACAAUAAUCGUUUAUCAAGCUCCAGUAUAAAUAGCAACGAUUGCGGUACUCGGUCCAGAGUCACUUCGCUCACGAGAUCACAAGUUGCCGCGUUCAAAUCACUAGCGAGCUUCAAUUUCAACAGUUCUCCCAUCUCGGUAUUGCCGAGUGUCGGUUUGUCAAGAACUAGCAACUCGUCACGCUCGCAUAUAUUAUCCACGUCGUCCUUGCAAAAGGCACUUGGUAGCUCGAACACUGGUACGAGCAAGAAAAAAGACACCAAGCGACGAAGUAGCCGUAAAAGCGACAACUCGAUGACUUUGAAAACGGAACAACCGACCUGCCAAUGGUACACCACACCAGAGCCGUCACCAGUACAGUGCCAGCCUUUGUCGCUCAUAUCUGCCUCGACACCAAGUCUUCCUUCAACUCCAGUGUUUGAACUCCGGCAAGAGUUAAAGCCAAAGCGUCCGUUAAGGUCAGAGGCCGAGAAGGAGCGACGACUAAGUAAUCGAUUGUCAGGCCAAUCGCAGACGUACCUGCGAUCAACGAGUAACGGCCUGGAUGCUCACAGUCAAGGCCAAGGCAAUCGAGACAGCAUCGGGACAACGGAUAGCACAGCUUCCGAGGAUGACCCGCCACCUCCGCUUCCUCUGAAAACGCGCGAAGUUGACUAUUGCAACUUAUCGGAGGACAGCACGUCAUUCAAUUACUGCAGCACCGCGACGCUUACCGCCAUUCGCAACACCGUGGUCUACCGUACGAAAAACAAGAUGCCCGUGCCAUCAACGUUGGACAUUGUCGACGACGGCUCGAAGCCACCAACGCCGCCACCCAAGCCCAAAAGACCGAUCCGAGCCAUGGUGUCACUCAUCAAAACCCCUCUUAUCUCGCCAAGCGAUUCGGAAAGCUCGAAUCAGGACUCCUCGACGGCAUGACAAAGCUCCCGGCCAUGCUUCGUAGUUGUGCAUCAAUACCUGAUUGUAGUUGUAGGUGUAAUUUUUUAACGUACCUUUUGGCGAAUUGUUUUGAAAAAAAAACAAAAGGUUUUCCGAUAAAGGCUUGUUUUUUUACGUAAACUCGAGAGAAAAUAUUUUUAUCGCGUAUUAGAUUUUUAUAGCGCUAUUAUGUGUGAUUCUUUCGAGAGAGUUGCACAUUUUUUAAAAUACUUAUUUACUUUUUUACUCAAGUGGGGAAGCCAUGACCUUUUGAUGCUAAAAAAUGAAAGUACCUCGAGAGACUUUCAUGUAGGGUUGUGCAAGAGCAAGUUUUCAUUGCUUUGUUUUUUACGUUUGACUUUAUCCAGUUGAAACAAUGACAGAGCAAUAUCCUACAGUUGUUGCAUUGGAUGUGUAUUUUACAAUUGGAAGAUGUAUAAAACCCAUCAACAUUCAAUGGUUUAUUUUUUUUAACAUAUUAAACUUAUACUAAAGACGUAAAAUUUUAUAUUCAAGUUUUCAUCAUUAGCAAACUUGUUGGCUAUUUAUAUUGUUAAAUACAGUUUGUACGUACUAUUAUUAUCUUUCAUUGUUAUGCCAAAGAAACCACUUUUAGUAUUAUUUCUUUUUCAUGCAAUAUUUCAUAUUAAGCAUAGUAUUAUUUAAAAAGUUUUUAAAAUCAAUUAUUUUUAUUAACGCCAUAAAAAUAUUUAAAAACUAGUCCAUUACUACACUAAUUUAGAGUACACAUUAAAAAAAAACACAUUAGUAAUCGAAAAUUAUCAAAAGUUAGUUGUGCCAUUGAAUUAUGUGAAGAGAUUUUGUAUACUUUUAGAUUUUCCUUUGCAGGGACCAAUUAAUUAUGACGUCAAUAGUUAAAACAACCGCUCAAAUAUGUUACGUGUCUUUGUUUAAAUAACAAAAUAUGUUUAUUAACCGUA